AAAUUAAAAAAAAAAAAAAACUUCGGAGUCCAAAUAACGCCUCAGAUUCUCUUUGAAAACCUUAAAAAAAAUUAAAACUUUUUUUAGAAUCCAUUUCAGAGCCCCAAAAUCUCCAAAACCCAAAAUUAAAAAGCCCCAAACGCCGCUAAAAAACCUUUAAGAGCUCCUCGGCCUCAAAAUGGCGGCGCUUCCGCUUCCUGCCGUACAAGAUGGCAGCGCUCUGUUCACCUUCAAUGCCUCAUCGCAAAAUGGCGCCGCACUAGAGGCGAUUCCGUACAACAAGGCGGAAACGCGGAAAUAGAGGAUAAGGCGCAGUGUGCGUGCUGACGUCACUUCCGGCGGUGUCCAAGAUGGCGGCGCGCAGGGCGCUGCGGCUCGCGGAGCGGCAGGCGCGAGCGCUCCGCCCCUUGCCCCGCCCACCGCAGCGCAUCGGCCAAUGGAGAGAGGCGCAGGGCCUCUCCCCCAGCCCCGCGGGGCCCGGCCCCCUCAGGGACCUCCCGGACUGGAGCUUCGCCGACGGGCGCCCCUCCCCCCCCUGGCGGGGGCAGCAGCGGAGAGAGAGAGAGAGGAGAGACACGGCGGUGAACAGGCCCCGCCCACGCCGGAGGCUCCGCCCACUCCCGGCCACAGAAGCGCUGCUGAUGGAAAUUUAUGCAAAUGAGAUGCAAAUAAAGCCGAUUGCUUCACCACGAACAGGGAUUGGUGGUUACUGGGGGGGACUGGGCGUGGCUCUGGCCCCACCCACAUUGUUGUUAUGGAGAUUUAUGCAAAUGAGAUGCAAAUUUAAAUGGGGGUUUAUCCAUGCCAAUGGGGACUGGGGGUUACUGGUUCAUACUGGGAGGGGCUGGGGCGUGGCUUUGGCUCCACCCCACCUGAUCUGUAUGCAAAUGUAUGCAAACCUAUGCAAAUUAGAGGUGGGAUAAACCCCAGAGCCCCUCCCAGUACAAACCAGUGACCCCAG